AUGUCACAAGGAGAUCGAACCGAUUCGAAGUUCCCCGCAUCAAUGCUUGACGACCAAAUGAAGCUUCCCAAAGACGCGCACACCCUCGCAUUGACGAUGCGAUUGCUGAACAAAUAUGCUGAAGCACUAAACCAGCAGAAUGAUGAGAUCAAGCGAUGCCAACAAAAUCUACUCAAAGGAGAAUCGACGGUGAAUGACUUGCACGAGCAAGUCAGCGAAGUGGCGAAGCUCUGUGAGUCACAACAAAAGAAUAUGGAUCGAGCCAAAGAAAAGCGAGAGGAGCUUUUGAAGCAAGUCGAGCAGCGAAAAUUCGAAAUGGAAGAUCUGCAGAAUCCAGAGUCAUUGAUCGUAGCGCUCGCAAGACUUGUUGUCUCUGAACCUCGGAGCACAUGCUGGGUAUGUGCCCGAGAUUCAACACACCACGCGAUAGACUUUCGGAAUUCAAACGCAAACACCUGUGCACUCGAUGUGGAGAGAAGCAACACGAGAUUCACCUAUUCAUUGUUUUAUGGCUGUAAAGUAGACUUUUAUGGUGGUGAUUCUCCAAUUCCACCUCCACCAACUCCGAUCCCACCUCCACCAGCUCUGGUUUUACCUCCACCAGCUCCGAUUCGACCUUCACCAGCUCCGAUUCAAACUCCACCAACUCCGAUUCCACCUCCACCAGCUCUGGUUUUACCUCCACCAGCUCCGAUUCCACCUCCACCAGCUCCGAUUCCACCUCCACCAGCUCUGGUUCCAACUCCACCGGGAGACCCAUCUGGAAUCGACUCCGCCCCCUCAAAAGAACUUCGCAAUACUCCUUUGCAUUCCUCUUCCAAUCAAAACAUCAGAACUGAUUCUGAUGCUCAACUGGUUCCAGGACUCGGAAAAUACUCAGUGAGCACCAUGAUUUUUGGAGAAUUCUCUGAAAAUUUAGACGUCUAUUCAUUCAAGUCGUCAAGUCAUCCUAUAAUUCCACCUCCACCAGCUCCGAUUCCACCUCCACCAGCUCCGACUCCACCUCCACCAGCUCCGAUUCCAUCUCCACCAGCUCCGAUUCCAUCUCCACCAGCUCCGAUCCUCCGAUUCCACCUUGACCAUCUCCGAUUCCACCUCCACCAGCUCCGAUUCCACCUCCACCAGCUCCGAUUCCACCUCCACCAGCUCCGAUUCCACCUCUACCAGCUCCGACUCCACCUCCACCAGCUCCGAUUCCAUCUCUACCAGCUCCGAUCCUCCGAUUCCACCUUGACCAUCUCCGAUUCAACCUCCACCAGCUCCGAUUCCACCUCCACCAGCUCCGAUUCCAUCUCCACCAGCUCCGAUUCCACCUCCACCAGCUCCGAUCCUCCGAUUCCACCUUGA